AUGUCUCAGAAGAAGGAGAAGAUUGUGCUGUCUGCAAACGACGCCCGUCUGCUGGAGAAGAAGGGCUUCAAACUGGGCGACCCACUGAACAGUGGCUCAUUUGCCUGCGUCUGUCGUGCCACCUUCAAGGGCACUGGGGUCGCCGCCAAGGUCAUCGACCUGGAGAAGACCUCCGAUGACUAUCGCAUCAAGUUCCUCCCUCGAGAGCUGUACACUAUGAAGAAGCUAAAGCACAAGUACCUCAUUGAGGUGCUGGACAUCUUUGUCGUGGGCAAUCGAGUCAUCAUCUUUAUGGAGCUGGCCGAGGGUGGAGACUUUCUGGACAUGCUUAAGGAGACAAAGGAGUUGUCGGAGAAGAAGGCCCGUUUCUUCUACCGUCAGUUUGGUGAUGCUCUUCGCUACAUGCACUCCGUGGGCUUUGCCCACCGAGACAUCAAGUGUGAGAACAUUCUCCUGAACAAGGCGCGCACCGAGGCGAAACUGACCGACUUUGGCUUCACCCGUUCGGUGAACGAGAAGUCGACCGGUCAGCAGGUAAUGUCUGACACGUACUGCGGCAGUGCUGCCUACGUCGCCCCCGAGGUGCUCAAGGCGCAGCCCUACAACGCCCUGGUCAGCGACGUCUGGUCCAACGGAGUCGUCCUCUACGUGCUCACCCAGAACCGCCUGCCCUUCGGCGAGCGAGACACCAAAAAGCUGCUGGUGAGUCAGCUGGAGAAGAACUACAAGUUCGUGAAGAGCAUCUCCAAGGAGCUGAAGGACCUCAUCGACGUCCACCUCAACCCGGACCCCGCCUCGCGCAGCAACAUGGAGGAG